AUGGUGCUAGGAGAACUCGGCAGCCGCAUCUCUGGUGCGAUCCAGAGGCUCAACACUGCAACCGUAAUCGACGACAAGGCACUCACGAUUUGCGUGAACGAGAUCACCCACGCACUGCUCCAAGCCGACGUCCAGUUCAAGCUCGUCCAAGCGCUCUCCUCAAACGUAAGGAAAUCGGUGGAGAAGCUCGCGGCCGGGCAUGACAAGAGACAUAUCAUCCAAAAGGCUGUUUUCCAUGAACUCCGUGCCAUGCUUGACGCUGGAAAGCCAUCGUUUACUCCCACAAAAGGAAGAACCAACGUCGUCAUGCUCGUGGGAUUGCAAGGGUGUGGGAAGACCACGACGUGCUCCAAGUAUGCUCUUCACUACAGGAAGAAGGGCUUUAAUCCGGCUCUGGUCUGCGCGGACACCUUCCGGGCUGGAGCAUUCGAUCAGCUAAAGCAGAACGCCACGAAGGUGAAGAUCCCCUUCUACGGAAGCUAUACGGAGACAGACCCGGUGGUGAUUGCCCAAGAGGGCGUCAGGAAGUUCGCCGACGCGAAGCACGACUUGAUCAUUCUUGACACAAGUGGAAGACACAAACAAGAGAAUGCGCUGUUUGAGGAGAUGCGCCAGCUUGCCGCUGCUACAAACCCCGAUUUGAUCAUUUUCGUCAUGGAUAGCAGCAUUGGGCAAGCUGCGAAUGAUCAAGCACUGGCCUUUAGAGAGAGCGCUAAGGUCGGUGCUGUUAUAAUCACCAAGAUAGAUGGCCAUGCAAAAGGUGGCGGCGCUCUUAGCAUUGGGUGGCGGCGCUCUUAA